UAAGGAGAGGAGGAGCGCGAGGCACUCCGUCUCUUCAACACUGAGCGAGCACCUCAGACCGCGUUUUAUUAAAUAGUUGCAACUUAGUUUCGCGCUGCACACUUACGUGUUUUAGCCUUACGCCGCCUGACGAUUCCUAAUCGUCACAAUCAUCAUAAUAACUACAGUAGUAGAUGAAAAGCCGAUGACGCUGCGAGUCUUGCGAGCUCUCUGUCUUUUUUUUCCGAGAGACUUAUUGUGAAUGCUCACUUUCCGCUAUUUUGGACCUCCGUCUUUUCCAUCCCUCAGUGUGUUGGUGUCGCUCCGAAUAAAGCAGCGCAAUGUUUCCUUCAACUGCUCCCGAAAUCCAGCGCAGAUCGGAUCUGUGCUGACAACCGGACUCCACCACGAUUCUAGGACUUGCCAGGUUCCAUACAUCCUGCAGAUUUCGUUCGUUCAACAGACACUCAGGACUGGCUUUACGGCACGGACACGACCGGACUUCUCGUUGCAGCUCGGUUUGUAGCUCAUAUACAGCGGCGCUUACAGAGCUGGGCGAGUAUGGAUGCGUUGAAGAUGAAGCUUCCCUGGGAGCGGGAGCUGCUUGCACUGAUCGCCUUGCUUGCGGUUUGCAGCCCUGUGGCAGAGACGAGCCAGGAGGACACGUUCAACGGAGAGUCAUGGCUGCGGAUGUAUGGCUACCUCCCACAGGCCAGCAAACAGAUGUCCACUAUGAGAUCAGCACAAAUCUUGUCUAGUGCAAUUUCAGAAAUGCAGAAUUUUUAUGGCCUUCCAGUGACCGGUGUAAUGGAUGAAGAAACAAUAAGAUCAAUGAAAAGACCUCGGUGUGGUGUGCCAGAUAAGUUUGGUGCCCAAAUCAAAACAAAUGUACGUCGGAGACGCUAUGCUUUAACAGGACACAAAUGGAAUAAACACAACCUUACGUUCAGUAUUCAGAACUACACCCCAAAAGUUGGUGAAUAUGAGUCCCACUAUGCCAUUCAGCAGGCAUUCAAAGUAUGGGAGAAGGUGACCCCAAUGCGAUUUGAAGAGAUCCCCUUCCAUGAAGUUAAAUAUGGCCGGCGCAAGGAGCCUGACAUCAUGGUGUUUUUUGCCUCGGGUUUCCAUGGUGAUAGCUCUCCUUUUGAUGGAGAGGGAGGCUUCCUUGCCCAUGCCUACUUUCCUGGAUCUGGAAUGGGUGGUGACACUCAUUUUGAUUCCGAUGAGCCCUGGACUGUUGGUAGCACUGACGUUACUGGCAAUAAUUUGUUCCUUGUUGCUGUCCAUGAACUGGGACAUGCCCUCGGGUUAGAACACUCCAACAAUCCCGCUGCCAUCAUGGCUCCCUUCUACCAGUGGAUGGAUACCGAGAAUUUCCAGCUUCCAGAGGAUGAUCUCAGGGGAAUUCAGCAGAUCUAUGGACCACCUGACAGUAGCCCCAAGCCUACUAAGUUACUCCCCACUGUAACCCCAAGGCGACCUGCUAAACCUGAACCUCGACCACCUCAACCUCCAAAGACCCCUCCAGGUGGAAAGCCAGACACACCAAGGAAGCCAGAUCCAGACAAGCCUCGCACAACAGACCGCCCAGACCAGUAUGGACCCAACAUCUGCGAUGGAGACUUUGACAUUGUCACCGUUCUGCGUGGAGAAAUGUUUGUCUUCAAGGGACGAUGGUUUUGGAGAGUUCGGCAUAAUCGUGUACUAGACAAUUACCCAAUGCCGAUUGGUCAUUUUUGGAGAGGGCUCCCUGGAGACCUGGAUGCUGCCUAUGAAAGGCAUGAUGGAAAAUUUGUUUUCUUCAAAGGAAAUAGAUACUGGUUGUUUCGAGAGGCAAACCUGGAGCCAGGGUAUCCUCAAGAUCUCGUUGAUUAUGGACAGGGCAUCCCUUAUGACAAGAUAGAUACAGCAAUCUGGUGGGAACCAACAGGGUACACAUACUUCUUCAGCGGAGACAGGUACUGGCGUUUUAAUGAGGAAUCCCGGGCAGCAGAUAAGGACUAUCCAAGAUCUAUUAACGUGUGGGGCAGCAUCCCACCAUCUCCCAAAGGCGCAUUCCUAAGUGACGAUGCAGCCUACACCUUCUUCUACAAAGGAUCAAAAUACUGGAAGGUUGAUAACCAGAGAAUGAAACAUGAGCCUGGAUAUCCAAAGUCCAUCCUUCGAGAUUUCAUGGGCUGCCAUGACAUUGUGGAAAAGGACAAAGAUGUAGUACCUAAAUGGCCGGAUGUGGACCGGACUCCUUUUGAUCCCAAUGCAGGCACAAAUGACGUUGAUACCGAAGAAGAAUCGACAAAUAAUGACGUAGACAUCCUUCUGAAAAUCGACGACUAUACUCGUACCAUGAAUAUUAUCAUGGUGAUAGUGCCUUUGAUUCUGGUGUUGUGCAUUCUGGGAUUGAUUUUUGUGAUUAUCCGGAUGCAGAGGAAAGGGGCACCCAGACUGCUGGUCCACUGCAAGCGGUCUCUGCAGGAAUGGGUUUGAUGUCUUCGGUUUGACUCAUCAUAUCCUCACCAUUGGUGCUAUUGGUUCUGUUGACUAGUAUAUUUAUAUCAGAAAGUUUGCACAUUCAUUUUGAAUAGGGAAGCUUUGGCUUUCUUUGUAUUCAUCAUUUCUUCAUGAUUUUCAGCGUGUUUCCUGCUUUCAUGCAUUGGUGUUUGCCAUUUCUGACCUGGAUUCAGUUGGUCAAACUGAUCAAAUAAUAAUAUGGACCAUCAAUGCUGAAAUAUAGUGUACGUGCUCUUUCAUUAAUGCUUCCCUGAGGUGUGUUGCCUGAAAUGCUUAGGGAUACACAAGGACUGCAAACUUUCCAAGCUUGACCUUCUGAUGAAGAAACAGAGCUUUACCUCAGACCCUGGCCAAGUACCAACCUAGACUGAUAGUCACACUGGCAUGCCUGGGCGAAAAUGGACAUCUCAUCAUAUGCCUUCUUGUAUGGAAGUGGCUUUAAUAUGUCCCUGUUCUUUAACCAGGUGAAUUUUGUCUAGUGGAACGCUUCUCAGGUACUUGGCGGUUCUAUGAGGCUGCACAUGGAAAGUAUAAGCAUAUGUGUGUGCUGGGAAAGGCUUCUCCAGAAGACCAGUCACAGAAAGAGGGCAAGGGUCAAGCAGAAAAUACAUUAAAGAAAAAACAGCAUCCUGUAUCUUUCAGUUCUCCUGAGGAAUCCUUUGGGUUAUGCUUCCUCAAAGACUGUGCUCUUGCAUUACUGGAUCUUACUGUGCUUUCCCAUGAACUUUUCACACAACUCAUCACAACAGAACUUUAUUAUAUUUUAGAGUGAACGGAAACAAGCUGUUGGCUAGUUCAGUGAGAAAUGUCUUUCUCUCUCUCUCUCUUUCUCUCUCUCUCAAUAUUGUGUGGGAUGCGAGUUUCAAAAACCCGGUGCUCACCCCACCCUGCCUUCACUAGCUGGAAACCCUGCCAAGCCUUUUUCUUAAUAUUCAUUGUUAUCCCUGCAACAGCAAACAGUACCAAGGGGCAAAAAUGAGAAGCAGAAAUCAAUCUGCAGACUGUGGACUCAUGAUUUUGCACUCUCUGGUGGCUGCUGCCAGGUCCAGGCUGUGUCUGGCUGUGUAUACUGCUUAGACUGUAUUACUCCUCUGACUUUUGCUUCUAUCCCUCUGUUCUUUUGGCUCUAUUUGCACUUGUCCAUAAACUGAAACUAAACGCAACAUCCAUAUGUUCAGCACAUGACCAAUUUUAAGUGUCAAGAAAUUCAAUCUUCUUAUUUAAUGAAAUGUUGGCCUCCAAUAACCUAUUUGGGAUGGCAUUCUGAAGAGGCGAAUAGAAUUGAAUGUUAAUGCUUUCAGGAAGUGUGUAUGUGCCAUUUCAUUUUAAUAAUUAUAUUUUGAGCCAUGGAAAGGUUUAAGGGGUUUAAGACAGAUGCUUUCUCAGUAUUGACUGCUCAUUGAAGCUAAGCCCGUCAGUCUUGUGCUCUUUGCCGAGGAUCGAUUUCAUUCAAUCCAGUUGCUAAGUGAGGUGUUUUUCCUCUCUGUUCUUCCCCCAAGAGAGAUACACAUUAAAGAUAAUUAGAGCUUACAGUAGUUCUUCUCAGAAAGAUUCAGAAGGGAGUGAGUGUCUUAGGCAAACAUCUUCUUCAAGUAGUUUUUAUUGUCUCUGUUUUCAGAGGCAAUGAGUGUACAUUGUGUUUACUGGAUCUGUCUCUGAAAGAAGAUGUCUAUCCAUUUUCAAAACAAAUACAAUUAAGAGUCAGCCUGGAGGCAGUGCCUAGCCUAGCUUAUGUAAGACCAUAAAGAAAAAUAACCUUUUUGGAGGAAAGAGGAAAAUAACAGCAAAGGUGUGGCCUCUAGACUUUUAAUGAUUAUGGAUAUAGGAUGUGUGCUUCUUCAAACCUGCUUUGGAGUGCUUUGUACAAUACAGAUGCAUGAAGCUGAACCCCUAAUAUGGUACUUUGUGUGUGAAGAACUAGAGGUUAAGAAUUCUAACCAUUUUUAUGAAUGGAAAACCCCAGUUCCCUAUCCUUAUUUUCCAUCCAUCCAUCCAUUAUCCAUCUAUCCAUCCAUUACCCAACCUGCUAUAUCCUAACAACAGGGUCACGGGGGCCUGAUGGAGGCAAUCCCAGCCAACACAGGGUGCAAGGCAGGAAAAAAACCCCGGGCAGGGUGCCAACCCACCGCAGUAUCCUCAUUCUCAUUUUACCUUUUGUUAUCGCUUCCAUUUCAAUAACUCUACCAUUUUCACCUCUGUCAUUUGUAUUACUUUAAUGAUGAAAAUGUAUGCCCUGGUGGAAAGCACUUCUUAUGAUCCCUUGUGUGCAGUAGUUUCCAUGCACUGUGGGACACUUCUAUUCAUGGUAUUUUGCAGUCAGGAACGUGACAUAAACAAAUCACAGACGGAGAAGAGAGCUGGACUUUUAUUUUCUCAACAGUUCUCUUAAAUACAGACAAAAGUGUAAUUCUUUCCCUGUGUUUUCCAUAAUAAAUGGGCUUACUGACAGAGCCCUUACAUCAUAUUAAAAGUUGACAUGGAGAGAUCUCCAGCAUCAGAGCAGCACAAUUGUAUCCCCAUCUUGUGCUUUUGAAUCACUCCAGGUCUCUCUGGCUAGGACCCUGAGCUCCCACCUAGUGAUGGCAUUUGAGCAGUACACAGGUCUUUGUCUUACCUUGUUGCUUAAAGCUCUCAUUUCUCAUUUUUCUGGUUAAUCUCAUCUUUGGAGAAGGGGCUUCAUGAGCCUCCUUAGCUGUUGCGUGCUUAACUCUAACGCCUCUCCUGAGCUCAAGAGCUUGUAGCUGAGUUGUCAAAACAGACUUGAGGCCACUUUUCUCUGGUUUGCAUUUUUUCACAUUUGGUAAAUGGAGCCAAUUAAGUGGACAACGUAAAUCUUCAUACAAGCUGAAUAUUUGCAUUCUCUUUAGGCCAAAGUUAGCCACGAGGGCAGGAGAAACAAAUCCUGUUAACUGAUUUUCUUACCUGGAUGCUCAUGAAGCAUAGAAAGCAAUCUAGAAAGAAACUAAUUGCAAAACGUAUUUUUUUUUUUUACUUCUUAGCUUCAGGAGUUAUCAGUUAAACUGUCAUCAAAUCAAAACCGUGCUGAAAACUAUGGCAUUGUGAGAAGCUCUGCCCAUUCAAACCUUCAUGAAUCUUGUGUUCUGCUCCUUGCAUGGUCGGCGGGCAGAGUUGUCACAUGUUUGUCAGGGUGUUUUGUGGGUGUUCCAGUUUUGAAUUGGCCUUUUAUAAGCAAGUAUGCUCUGAGUGAGCACCGUGAUGGACUGCUGCUCCAUCCAAAUUUGGUUUCUGCCUUGUGACCUGUUCUGUUAGUGUAGAUUCAGGCUUCCCAUGACUCUGUAAUGGAAUAAUAAACGGCCAUCAAGUGAAUGUUUUUACAGCAGCUGAUAAAUGUGCAUUAUUCGGCUGGUCCCUUCCUUAAUAAAGAAUUUUGUCCUUUGAAUGAGAAUAAUGUUAGGCAGUAGUGUGCUUGCUAAAUUAAUUACAAGUGCUGUAGAUCCCUAAAAUAGCUUCCAUUUUAAGACAUUUGUAGAGAAACAAUUUAAUAGAAACACUACAGAAAUAUAUUAUUUGUUCAGAAUUUAAUUCCUAGUAUAAUAAGCUUGAAAAUUAAAAUUAUUCAAUUAUUUUCAACUGAUUUUAGUUAGAAACUAGACAUGUUAAAGCCCCAUCCAAUGGCUCUAACAUGUGGUGUGCCUUGUGCAGCAAAACACAGUCACAAAAUAACUGUAAGUCCCCAGAAUUUUUGAAACAGUAUGUCUGCAUAACGUUUUUGGAAAAAGGAAAAAAUUGUUUAUUAAUAAUUAUCUGUCAUCACCGUUCAUGUAAAGAUUGACAGGCCAUCCUUGCCAAUUCAGUUGUGUUCAGCCACCAGUAUAAAUCUGAAUCUGCUGACAAGGAUUGUUAAACAAAGUCAAAAUGUCCCAGCCUCCUUUUUGAAGUGUUUUUUUUUCAGCUACAGUUUUAAACUUGUCCCACAGCUCAAAUCAUAGUCAUUAUCUAGUUAGGUUACUGUCACGCUCCCUUUUGAACCAGAACUUCUCCCUAGUCCUAUAACCAGAAGUGGCCCCAGAGCAAGACUGUUUUUGUUGGGAGCAGUUUUUGUAGUUCUUCCACAAGUAAAGACAUGACCAGCAUUUAAUUACCACCAAGUCUCUCCCACUAAUUUCUGCACCAAACCUCCCACCUGUAAUCAAAGGUCAAGAUAACACGUGGGGGGCUUUUGAUUUGACUAUGUUUCUGGACUUCAUUUUCUGAGUUGUUCCUCAAGUUGAGGCACGGCUGAAGUGAAAUUAGAUUGUUAAACACAUUUUUGGUACUACAUCUCGAAGUGAAGAGAUGCUCCUAAACUCACAGCUGUAAAUAAAUCAAAGCUCUUGUGUAGAUCUCAAGAAUUUCCUGGACUAGAGCUGCCCUGAACCAGGAUAUGAGAGGCUUACACCAACCCAUCUGUCCUCCAUUAAAAAAACAAAAUCUAAACAGGAUGUUUACAAGCUUGAUGUUAUCAUUCAGAUUCAUUUACCUAAAAUGUGAAAUAUUGCAAGUGGCUAGAUUGUUUAGAUAUAUUAAGCUCUAAACAGUACUUACAGGCUCCGCACUAUCAUUGGUGAACUGAACUGGAAGCUCUGAAUGUGAUACACAGAAACAGUUUCACACCAUAGCAGCUUAACUAACAUAAAAUACUGUAACUUUUGAAUAGGGAUUAUAAAUUAAAUUAAAGCUACUUCUCCUGCUGCUUUAAUAAGUCUUGUUACCUGGAAGCUUAGGUAGAAAGUGGAAAGUGUCCUCUAGGAUUAAUUAAGCCAGCCAGCAGCACAGCUUUCUUUGCCGAUAAGCGCCUUAAGCCUGCUUUACACUGCCGUCCACAGCAAUUCUCCAAAACACCUCCCUGCAGAUGCCUUCUGUCCAUGGUUGCCAAAGAGCGGGCAGGAAACGGGCAGCAUGCACCUUACUCACUUAAUCGGGAGUGCGCCCAGUGAUUAGUAAGUCGACCUGCCACAUUCACGCAUUAUUGACUAUACCUUACUCUUCUCAGCCUGAACCAACGCCAUUUUAGCUAAUCUGUCUCAUCUGCGUACUUGUUCAUAGGGCAGGCCACCAGUGUCCUUUAUGCAGUAUGCUUUACACUUUCUCAGUCUUUAUUAUUAUAUCACUUUGAAUGUUACAAGAACAUCUUCCUUGGCAACAUUUUGUUUUGUUUUUUUUUGUUUUGUCAUGUCUUUUUUUAAUAUAUUUGAGUUCAUUGUGUUUAAAGUGUAAAUAUCUGUGUUUCUAGAGCCAAAUCUUUGUUGUUUGGUUCAUUUUUUUUAAUGAAUAACAUUCCGUUUCUGCCUUAGAUGUAGACACAAAACGUUUUAUACAUUUUUGUGUGUUCACUUUGAGUUGAAUGUUUAAUGAUCCAUGCUGGACAUGUGUAACAAUUACACAAUAAAUGCUAUAAAAAAAAGUAAA